AUGGAUCACCUGACUGCGCUCUUCCAGGAGAUGUGGCGUCAAGGUGAAGUCCCGCAAGAUUUCAAGGACGCAACAAUCGUGCACCUAUACAAGCGAAAAGGGAAUCGCCAAAUCUGCGACAAUCACCGUGGCAUCUCCUUGCUGAACAUCGCCGGGAAGAUCUUCGCUCGCAUCCUCGUUAACCGCCUCAAUAACCACCUGGAACAGGGCCUUCUGCCGGAAAGCCAGUGCGGCUUCCGUCGUCAUCGUGGGACCACGGAUAUGAUCUUCGCCGCCCGCCAACUUCAGGAGAAGUGUCAGGAGAUGCGGACCCACCUGUACUCUACGUUCGUGGACCUGACGAAAGCCUUCGACACGGUGAAUCGUGAAGGACUGUGGAAGAUCAUGCAGAAAUUCGGCUGUCCAGAGCGAUUCACUCAGAUGGUACGUCAGCUGCACGACGGUAUGAUGGCGCGAGUCACGGACAACGGAGCUGUCUCAGAGGCAUUCGCAGUGACUAACGGAGUGAAACAGGGAUGCGUGCUGGCACCAGCCCUCUUCAGUCUCAUGUUCUCUGCCAUGCUGUUGGACGCCUACCGCGACGAACGUCCCGGGGUUAGCAUCGCCUACAGGACGGACGGUCACCUGAUGAAUCAACGGCGGAUGCACUCCCAAUCACACGUAUCCACAACAACCGUUCACGAACUCCUCUUCGCCGACGACUGCGCCCUGAACACCACCUCAGAAGAGGAGAUGCAAUGGAGCAUGGACCUGUUCUCCGCCGCCUGCGAGAACUUCGGUCUGGUCAUUAACACGCAGAAGACGGUGGUGAUGCACCAACCGCCACCCAACUCGGCCACAGCCCCCAACGCGUCGCCGCAAAUCAGCGUGAAUGGGACCCUACUGCAAGUGGUGGAGAACUUCCCGUACCUGGGCAGCACUCUCUCCCGCACCACCAAGAUUGAUGACGAAGUCGCCAACAGGAUCUCGAAAGCCAGUCAAGCCUUCGGUCGUCUCCAAAGCACAGUUUGGAAUCGUCACGGUCUUCAACUGAACACGAAGCUGAAGAUGUACAAGGCCGUUAUCCUGCCGACGCUACUUUACGGAGCAGAGACCUGGACGGUGUACACGAGGCAGGCACGCCGUCUUAACCACUUCCACCUCAGUUGUCUUCGUCGCAUCCUGCGGCUGAACUGGCAGGAUCGCAUCCCCGACACUGAUGUGCUGGAACGAACUGGAAUGCUCAGCAUCUACUCCAUGUUGAGACAAAUACAGCUGCGCUGGAGCGGCCACCUGGUGCGCAUGGACGACGAGCGGCUACCCAAACGACUCUUCUACGGAGACGUCGCGACGGGUUCUCGUCGUCAAGGAGGCCUAAUUCGUCGAUACAUGGAUACCCUGAAGUCCUCCCUGAAGCUACUGCAAAUCAACCCGACCAACUGGGAAGAGCUCGCCUGCGAUCGUCCGGCAUGGAGGAGCACAGUGAAGACGGGCGCUGCUAUCCACGAAGCCAACCGCAUCGCCGCCGCCAAAGCGAAACGCGAAGCCCGCAAAUCACAACUGCGCCCAGUCAGCAACGCUGUCGCACAACUGCUUCCAACGUGUCCUCGAUGUAAGCGGACAUUCCGGGCUCGAAUCGGCCUUGUUGGACAUCUUCGGAUCAACUGUACCUCUCGAACUGCACCAAACCUCAUCCCCCCGCCCGCGUCAUCCUCGUCCUCUCUGCCGCCGAAUAACUCUGUGAAUUCUUCUGCACCACCACUUCCAUCCUCCUCCUCCUCCUCCUCCUCCACCACCACCACCACUGCCCCAACGGCGGCCGCUCAGGCAGCCGUCUAG